GUUAUUAAUUCAUUCAUACACCACAAAUACUACUCAAGGCUCAUAAGCACAAGUUAUCCUCACAAGACAGGCUAGACUAGUGAGUGAGAGUGAGUGAAGUUGUGAAUGGCUGCGUGGUAGUAACUUGUCACUCUCCACCCCUAAACACUCAGAGGGAGGGCAUUAGAAGUCAAAUUAGGAAAAGAAGGGGGAGUUAGUAAAGCUGAGAGAGAAAACCAGCUCGAGUACCAGCCCAACUCCAGGAAACAACUAGUAAUAGGAAGAAAACAUCUCAGUUUUAUCCAUCUAUCCUCAUUUCUUAAACCCUAUCAAACUGUGAGAAGGAAACAAUACAUUUACUGUUUAACACAAACUGAACAAAAAUAAGCCUAUUCAACAAGAGCUGCUUCACACCCUGUCUGUUUGAGAAGUCAUAAAACUACAACACAAAGCAGCCAUGGCUCCUUCUCUGGUUCAGGCCUACAGGAGGCGCUGGUGGAUGGCAGUGACAGCGGUGCUGGAGAACCUGCUAUGCUCAGCUGUGCUUCUGGGCUGGGGCUCCCUGCUCAUCAUGUUAAAAAAGGAAGGCUUCUACUCUCACCUCUGCACAGAAAAUGAGUCAGUGAUUGUGCAUUUGGGUAAUGAUUCGGCUGGAGAGUCAGAAGAAUGGCUCACAUGUGUAGACCAGGAGGAGAUGCUAAACCUGGGCUUCACAAUAGGCUCUUUCCUGCUCAGUGCCACUACUCUGCCUCUUGGCAUUCUCAUGGAUAGAUUUGGCCCACGUCCCAUUCGUCUUGUGGGCAGCUCUUGUUUUGGUCUGUCAUGUGUUAUCAUGGCUGUGUCCACCUAUGACCCUGAUAAGUUGUCAGCGCUUAUCUUUUUGGCUCUCUCUCUAAACGGCUUUGGGGGCAUCUGUCUGACCUUCACUUCUCUCACGCUUCCUAACAUGUUUGGGGCUCUUAGCUCCACAGUUAUGUCUUUGAUGAUUGGCUCUUAUGCAUCCUCCGCUGUAACCUUCCCUGGAGUAAAGCUGAUAUAUGAUGCACAUGUGACCUUCCAUGUUAUUAUGUGGGUGUGGGCAGGACUUGCUGCUUUUGUCUUUUUCAAUUGUUUCUUGAACUGGCCCAUAGAAGGAUUUCCAACACCUGAUGAAGUGGACUACAGCACGAUUCUCACAACAAAAGAGCUUCCACAAUCAGACAUAAAGGCAGAUGAACAGAAACUACAGGAGAAGAACGGAGAUGUGCACCAUCAUUCUGCAGAGAAAAUAGCCACAAGUCCUGAACCUGCAGCCAAAAAUGUGCCCUUUCGCCGUUCUGUCUUCUCACCCAUUUUCCUCUGGAGUCUUGUCACAAUGGGGAUGUCUCAGCUACGCAUCAUCUUCUUCAUGGGCGCAAUGAAUAAGAUGCUUGAGUUUAUGGUAACUCAUGGAGAGGAACAUCCAUCUGAAGAUCUCAUAACUGAGGCAGCACAAAAAGUGAGUUUCUACUCCUCCAUCUUUGGCACUCUGCAGCUGCUUUGCCUUAUUACUUGCCCAUUAAUUGGUUACAUUAUGGACUGGAAGAUGAAAGAGUGUGUAGAUGAGAAAGAGACCCCUGAAAAGAGUAAAAGCUGCGGGCCCAAGAGAGACCGUAAGAUCCAGAAAGUUACCAAUGCGAUGAGAGCGUUCAUCAUCACCAACCUGCUCCUGAUUGUUUUUGGAUUCUGUUGUCUUAUUGACAAUCUCCCUCUCCAAAUCCUGACAUUCAUUCUUCAUACUAUGGUUCGAGGAUUUAUUCACUCGUGCUGUGGAGGUCUCUAUGCUGCCGUUUACCCCUCCAACCAUUUUGGGACCCUGACUGGUCUCCAGUCUAUGAUUAGUGCGGUGGUUGCUCUGCUGCAGCAGCCACUCUUUAUUGCGAUGGUUGGGCCACUGGAGGGAAAUCCAUACUGGAUUAACCUCGGCCUGUUAAUCUUCUCCCUGGCUGGGUUCCUGUUGCCGGGAUACCUGUUUUAUCACAGACGACAUCUGUUGAAGGAAAAAGAAGCCAGAGACAAGCAGUUGAGCCAAGAGAUGCAGGCACUAAACCAAACAAUGGCCAACGGCCACAAGCCUCACACCAAUGGCUUUGCUGCACUAGAUGCAUAAAGCUUCCAACAGUGAAGAAAACAGGAUUCAUCUUGUGUGCCUGGAUGUAUUUUUACAGCAGCGCAUCAGUUUUAUUUCAUAGUUUUAAAGCCUUGCUGAUGUUUUUGUCACUGUUGUGACUCAUUUAUUUAUUUUAUUUAGGUUCAGGAGCCAAAUUAGACUGUUUUAAAGCCAUAUAUUUCACUCAUCCUAGUCUGACCUUUAUGGCAAACUAUGGAUCUCCUGGUACUUGAAUAUACCCCCCAACAUUACAUGAAACCAAAGAACUAUGAA